UAAUUUAUGCAUCCAACAUCAGAGCUAGUUUCUUCCAAGUUUUAUCCUCAAAUUUCCCAGAUAUGUUACCUUCGACCUGCAUUUCAUUUAUAUGAAUCCAUUGUCGCAAUAUAUGUGCUGAUUUUGAAGGAAAUUUAUAGAUUGCUUGGACUUGAGCCAUAAUGUCUGACAGUGAUGAUUUCUCUGGUGGAGAGAGUGAUGAGGGGAGUGGAUUCCAUGGAAGUGAGGCGGAAGAAGUAGCUGGCAGUGGUAGUGAGGCUGGCAGUGGUCCAGCAGAGAGUGAACCAGAAGGAGAGGAUCUUGGGGCGGAGGAUUCAGAAGAUGGUAGUUUUGAUGAGCAAUACUAUGAAGAGGAGAAAGAUGAAGGGCGAAGGAAAAAGAAACCAAGAUACACAGAUUUCAUCCUGGAUGAAGCCGAGGUCGAUGAGGAGGGUGAAGAAGAAGAGGAAGAUUGGGAGGAGGGGGCAGAGGAUAUCAUUGAUCGCAAGUCGAUCAUCGAGUCUGGCCCCAGUCACCGAGAAAUGGAGGGAGAGAGACGUCUUGCUGAGAUUAUGAGCAAAGAUGAAGAUGAAAUUGAAGAAUACUACAGAAGAAAAUAUGCCGAGACAUCGGUGGCCGAGCGCUUCGGUGAAGGGGAAGAGAUGUCUGAUGAAAUCACUCAGCAAGGUCUCCUUCCCGGUGUGAAGGAUCCUAACUUGUGGGUGGUCAAGUGUAAGAUGGGAGAGGAGAAAGCAACAUGUGUUGCCAUGAUGAGGAAGAUGGUUGCCUACCAGUUCACUGAUGAGCCCUUACAAAUCAAGGCAAUCAUUGCAAAAGAGGGUCUCAAAGGUUAUGUAUACAUUGAGGCAUUCAAACAGACUCACGUCAAACAGGCAAUAGAGGGCAUUGGUAACCUACGUAUGGGAAAAUGGACACAACAGAUGGUACCCAUCAAGGAGAUGACAGACGUACUGAAAGUGGUCAAAGAAAAAGUCGAACUCAAACCAAAAGCCUGGGUCAGGUUAAAACGAGGUGUUUUCAAGGACGAUUUGGCCCAAGUGGACUAUGUGGAACCUUCACAGAAUAUGGUCAACUUGAAACUGAUACCUCGCAUCGACUACACUAGAAUGCGAGGUGCAUUGAGGACAAGCAGUAAUGAUGCAGAAAAAAGAAAACUUAAACGUCGCCCAGCCCUGAAGCUAUUUGAUGUUGACGCGAUCAGGGCCAUUGGUGGUGAGGUGACCACAGACGGAGACUUCCUCAUCUUUGAAGGCAAUCGCUACGACAGGAAAGGCUUCCUCUACAAGGCAUUUGUGAUGUCGGCUAUCGUGGCUGAAGGAUGUAAGCCGACAUUGUCGGAGCUGGAGAGGUUUGAGGAUCAGCCAGAAGAUAUAGACAUGGAGUUGAUACCAAAGGCUAAAUCUUCAGCAGAGGUGACCCAUAACUUUGCGUCUGGUGACAUGGUUGAGGUGUGCGAGGGAGAGUUGAUUCAUCUGCAAGGAAAGGUCAUCAAGAUUGAUGGAAACAAGAUUACAGUGAUGCCAAAACACGAGGAUCUCAAGGACCCGAUUGAUUUCCCAUCAUACGAGUUGAAGAAGUACUUCAAGAUGGGAGACCACGUGAAGUGCAUUGGUGGACGCUAUGAAGGUGACACUGGCUUGAUUGUGCGGGUCAUGGAAAACAUGGCUGUCGUUUAUUCUGAUCUCACAAUGCACGAGAUGAAAGUACUGCCCAAGGACCUUCAACUUUGUACAGACAUGGCCACUGGUGUGGAUUCACUUGGACAGUUUCAGUUUGGAGAUCUUGUACAGCUUGAUCCCCAGACGGUCGGUGUGAUCGUACGAAUCGAAAGAGAGACAUUCCAAGUCCUUGAUAUGCACAGCAAGGUUCAGUCCCUGAAACACAAUGCUGUGGCCAAGAAAAAAGAUACUCGAAAUGCUGUUGCUCUAGAUGCAGAAAAUAACAACAUCCAGGUGAAGGAUGUGGUCAAGGUGCUAGAUGGACCUCACUCGGGUCGUCAAGGAGAGAUCAAGCAUUUAUACCGCCACUUUGCAUUCCUGUUCUCACGAAUGAUGACAGAAAAUGGUGGUGUAUUUGUCUGUAAAACAAGGCAUUUGGCAUUGGCCGGUGGUGUGAAGCAAUCCACAGGGUCAUUAGGGUACGUGCCAAUGUCACCGAGGAUUUCUAGCCCCGCACAUCCAAGUGGCGGUGGAGGUGGAGGUGGAGGUCAGCAGGGUAUGGGACGCGGAGGAAGGAAUAGGAGGGAUACUGAACUUAUUGGACAGACAGUUAGAAUUAUACAGGGUCCAUUCAAAGGUUAUAUUGGUAUUGUAAAGGAUGCCACUGACACCAUGGCCCGUGUGGAGCUACAUACAAGUUGCAAGACAAUCAAUGUGGACAGAAACAGACUCAGUACUCUCACGACUGGUCGCACAGGUCGUCCAACAUCAACCUGGGGUGGACGCACACCAAUGCAUGGCAGUCAGACACCGAUGUAUGGCUCCAGGACCCCAAUGUACGGUUCACAGACGCCACAGCAUGAUGGGAGCAGAACGCCUCACUAUGGUGGCCAGACGCCAAGACAUGACGGUGGUCACACUCCUGGUCAGAGUGCUUGGGAUCCUGCUAAUGCUAACACACCUUCAAGGCCAAACGAUUUUGACUAUUCUUACGACGAUGAACCAUCACCAUCACCAGCAUAUAGCCCUGCACCAAAUCCCUCCACCCCGGGUUACCAACCAGACGCAAGCCCCUCUGGACCAUACACACCACAGACUCCAGGCAGUGGCUACUCACCGUACCAGUCGACACCUUCACCUAAUGCUUAUGCAGCUAAUCCAAGUCCUAGUAGUUACGCUGGCACGCCGAGCCCAUCAGGUUACCAUAAUACACCUUCACCAGGUGGCUACGGUUCGUCGCCCUCGCCCUCACCAAUGGGAUAUAGCCCCAUGACACCAGGGGCGCCAUUCACGCCCCAGACACCUGGAGCGGGUAUGGAACACAGCUUGGCGGAGUGGCAGACUAUUGACAUAGAAGUUCGGGUAAAAGACAGCCAUGAUAAAGCGGCGCUUAUUUUACAGCAAGGAGUGGUCAGAAGUGUCACGGGUGGAAUGUGUUCAGUGUUUUUGCCAGAAGAGGGCAAGGUGGUGAAUAUUGCGGGUGAACAUUUAGAACCAGUGCGACCAGAUGGUGGUGACAAGGUCAAAGUGUUGAUUGGUGAGGACCGUGAGACAACUGGAACAUUACUUAGCAUUGACGGAAUGGAAGGAGUAGUGAAGACCGACAAAGGGGACCUGAAACUUCUCCAUUUGAACUCUUUGUGCAAAAUGCCAAACCAAUAGUUGUUUGGCUUUCCAGUGACUAUUUGACAAUACAAUAUCUUGGGCUAAAGCCUAUAUUCCUGGGAACAAACUAGUUGUUCAGGAGCAAGAAUGAAGGGCUUGCCCCAAGGCAGGAGUCUCGAAUAUUUUUCUUGGUCAAGAUUUGACACUUGGAAUUGAUAUUAGGAGUCAAGACAUAAGACACUCUUUGUGAGAAAUGCCCAACCAUAAAACUGUUUGGCAUUUCGGUGUCUGUUUGGGGUGAAGCAAGAUUUUUGGAUUAAAAGGCGUAGUCCAAAUGCUGAAUGUUUGUGACAUGCUGAAGUGGGAUACUGAAUAUUCAAGAAGGUUUGAUUUACACAUCAGCUUUGGGUUGACAUCGAUUCAGGUUUCAUAAAUAUUGGAUGUGCUUUGUUUGGUUUUUUGCGUCAAUGCUGUAUACAUCAUUUGCUGUUGCAUACAUUGUACAUGGGAUGACAGUCCAAAUCUAAUAAUAAUGGUUCAUUUUAAAGUAAUGUUCACUGCAAGUACAUGUACAAAUCUUGUUCCAACAUAGUGCAUGUGUUAACUUGAGGUGGACAUAGACAUGUAGGUGAAAUUGCAACGGACACUAUCUGUUGACCAUAGCCACAAUUAGUGAAAAUUAAGAACAGCGCUUUACAUUUGGUCAUUUUGACAGAUCUUCGUCAUUCAUGUAGUACUUAAACUGCGUUCACUUUACAUUUUGAGGGUUAUUGUGUGAGCAUCUUCUACAGUAGUCUGUAAUGUCCCAGAUUGAUAUUUCUCUUGGCCCUAGUGGCAAACAUACAUGCACUGGGUGUUCAAUGUCCUUAGAUGUUCUGGCAUAAAUAUCAUCUGAAAUAGUAAUGGUACAUUUACCUCAUGUAUGUUAUUAUGCUAUAAACAGAAAUUCAUAAAAUUGGUAAACAUGAGGGUGAUACAAUUUGUGUAAAAUAAAGUAACUCU